GCGUCCGAGAGGCCGCUUGUACCGUCGCAAACGGAUGUUCUGGCCGGGUCGCUCAACAAAGACGGCCCUGUCGCCGGCGUGUGCAACGUGUUCGGAAAUGCGGUGUGGUGGCUGUGGAGCGGUUUGUCGGUCAAGCUGCAAGAGCUGCUGUCUGACUCCCCGUCCGCGUUCCGAAGAGCUGGCGAUCGGCGAUGCAGAUCGGCCAAUCUCCCGUUGCUAGCUGUGUCGCGGUGGGUCGUGCUGGGAUGCGAGACGGUGUGCAGCCAGGAGCAAGCGGUCAGGUCGUUGGCAAAGUGGAGUUCCAAAAUUCAGUGUGCGAUGUGCGGUGUGCGGUGUUGCGCGCUGCUGUCUUAUGUAGCCGGUCAGACAGGCUGAUAAGGACAAGUCGGAACCACCGACGGGAAGCUACGGGCCCAGUCUCCCACUCCCCCCAAUGCAUGUGGCCUGCAUGGGUGCUGGGUGCCUGCCUGAUUGGCUGCGUGGCCAGCUGACACCUCCACCCCUGCCUGAUCGACUAUGACGCUUGUCAUGAACGCCCACGUCCAAAGCAGGGCAACGUUGUGCCUGCACAAGCCAAAAC